AAAUAAUACAAUGAAAGGAAUAAACACCCGUCAAGGAAACGGGACUCAGGGUUUUUCUCUAUUGCCAUUUGGGAAAGCAGUUGACGCAGUCAGGAGGUUUAGAAGAAUGUCACGGUUCAGAUCAUUGUGGCAAGCCUCGGUGAAUGCAACAAAGAAAGCUCUAACGUGGGAGCUCGAGGAAAUGGUACCGGCUGCGGAGAAGUGUAUAUUCAAGUUCAGAUCAAAAGAAGACCUGAAGAGAUGGCACCUGUAUUCUGAUUCUGAAUAUGGAGGAUUAUCUUUGGCUUCGUUGGAGAUUAAAGAUGGAGGAAAUGGAUCAGGUUGCACUGGUUAGUGUAUGUAUAGUGUUCAAGUGUGCUUUACCCUUUUCCUUUUGGUUCUGAUAGACCCAGUUUGUGUAAGAUAGACUUGUCAUUUGCUCAUGUAAUGACAAGUCUUUUUGUCGAGAGAGGCAUGGAAAUGUUAAUUAGGAUUCUUCUCCACAAUGAAGAUUCAGUGACUGUCUCUAUGAGAUCUGUUGUGGGAGCGGUAUCAGCCGUCUCGGCCUCUGUCUUGCUUGAUGCGGAAGCCAUGAUUGAUAGAGACAGGAACCCUAGAUUUUCCCUCAGCCCAAUAUAUUAAGACCAAUAUAUGGGUUGUAUAUGUUACUAGUGUACUGUAUUUUGUUAGUGUAUAUGUGGGCAGUGGGCCUUUGAACUUUACUCCUUUCAUUGUUCCAUUAAUAUAUUUAACUAGAUUUUGACCCGCGCUUUUUCACUUUUAUGAAAUAUAUUAUUUGUUUGU